AUGAAUAAAUUAAAAUUUUUAAUUAUUUUAUUUAUUACAUUUUUAUUUAAUUUAAAAUAUAUAAAUUCAUUAAAACAAUGUAAAAUAUCAGUAUUAUUAAGUGGUGAUUGGAGUGAUAUGGGAUAUAAUUAUCAAAUGAAUAAUGCGAGAAUUAAAGCAGAAUCAGCGUUGAAUUUGGAGAUGUCGUUGUGUUAUAAAAAUCUUGAAGUAUCAAUUGAUUUGGCCAAACAAGCAAUUGAAGAUUCAAUUAAAAAAGGUGCAAAUUUCAUUGUCAUUUCAUCAAGUGUUCAUACAAGUAUCGGUUAUGAAUAUGCAAGAUUACAUAGAGAUAAAGAUAUCUAUUGGUUAAUUAGAGGUAGAGGCAGACCGGUUCCAGAUGAUUUACCAAAAGUUGCUGUUAUAAAUUUUAAUACUCAUCUUUUACAUUAUACACUUGGUCUUGUAUCUGGAUAUUUAACAACCAGUGGUACAGUUGGGUUUAUUUCGCCAGGUCCUCAAAUAUUGGCACUUGCCAAUUCCAAUAGUUUUUAUUUGGGUGCAUUGGCAUCAAGAAAAAAUGUAACAUUUUUAAAUGCAUACACUGGCUCAUGGUAUAAUCCAGAGGUUGCAUAUAAAGCAUCACAAAUGUUAAUUUCCAAUGGAGCAGAUUUCAUCGGUAUGUCACAAGAUGAUAUGUCUGUUCAAAAGGCGUUGAUGGAUAGUGGUAAAAUGGCAUUGGGCAUUACCGGUUUUUCAAAUCGUUUAAUUUGGGGUAGUGAUAUCGCUCUUUCCUAUAUCACAGAUUGGAGUGAUGUUUUCAUUAAAUACGCUGGCCAUAUCUUAAAUGAUACCUGGCCAGAAUACACUGACUACUAUACAACAUUAGCUGAGGGUGGUUCUUUGCUAUUCGAUACAUUUAGUUAUCGUGUUCCAUCUGAAGUUCAAAAACUUGUUUCUCUUGAAAUUGAAAAAUUAAAAAAUAGUUCCUAUCAACCAUUUAGAUGUAAUCCAAUGUAUAGUCAAAUUAAUUUAAAUUUUGAUUCAAAUGGUUGUGCAAAUGAUAUGGAAUUUAAAAAUACUAAAUUAUUAUUAAAAGGUACUGAUAUUUCAAAAACUAUUAAUCUUGGUUUAUAUACAAUUCCAAUUGAAUUUGUUGAUUAUUCAAAUUCAAUGAAACUUGGAUUAACAAUUGUUUCUGGAUUUUGUAUUUUGUUUUGUAUUAUAUCAAUGGUGUUAGUAAUAAUGUUUAGACAUGCAAAAAUAAUUAAAUCAGCAAGUCCAAUAUUUUGUUUAUUGAUUUUAUUUGGUUGUAUUAUUAUUUUUUCUGGUUGUAUUAUAUUUUCACUAUCACCAACUGAUGGUAUUUGUGGUGCUAGAGUUUGGUUAUUAAGUAUUGGUUAUACAAUUUUCUUGGGUAGUUUGUUAGUAAAGAAUUGGAGAAUUUGGUUACUAUUUGAUAAUCCAAAAUUAAAGAAACGUUCAAUAACAAAUUGGAAAUUGUAUCCAUUUGUAGCUGGUAUAUUAGCUGCUGAUGUAUUGAUUUUAGCAUUAUGGCAAGGUUUGGGUGAUAUAAGAUCAGAAUCUAGAAUUGGUAUUGAUUCAUUAACAAAGUAUCAAUAUGCUAAUGUUUGUUCAAGUAAUGAUCAAGGUUCAGUUGCGUUAUAUAUAUUAUUGGUUUUUCAUGGUAUUAAAUUAUUGGCAGCAUGUUUUAUUUCAUUUAAAAUCAAAGCUGUUGAUAUUGAAGAAUUUAAUGAAUCAAAACCAAUCGCAUCGAGUAUUUAUAUCAUUACAUUUUGUUUAUUCAUUGUUAUUCCAUUAAUGGUAUCACCACAAUCAGUUGCAAGUCAAGUGAUAACCAUUGUAGUAUGUGCAAUUGUUACAACUUUAAUUAGUAUAUCACUAUUGUUUGGUAGUAAGUUUUAUAUGAUGGCAACACAAGGUCUUGCAUUGAAUCAAACAUUUGCAACAAAUACAAAAUCAUCAAGUUUCUCACUUUCAUUAGAGAAACAAAAAUCAAAAUCAAAUGGUUUAGAAUUUGAAGAUUCUGAUGAAUCUGAAGAGAAAUUACCACAAAUUAAAAACUAUUCAAAUAGUGAAAUUCCUAAUCUUCAACAUAAUCAUUCGAGAUUAGCUCAUUUCAGUAGUGAUAGUUGUACAAGUGCUGAACAAGAUUCAAAACUUGAUUUAGAAAAUCAAAAUGAUGAAAAUGAAAUUGAAAAUAAUCAAAAUAAUCAAAAUAAUAUAGUUGAAGAUUGUCAAAAAGUAGAAAAGUUGGAAAAAGAUGAAAAUUUAGAAAAAGAUGAAAAUUUAGAAAAAGAUGAAAAUUUAGAAAAAGAUAAUGAAAAUCAAUCAAUAAUACAAAAGAAAAGAUUAUCAAAAAAUUUUAAUCAAUCUGAAAUCGAUCCAGAUGAUGUAUAA